AUGGCGGCUGCGCAGCCGUCCCGCCUGGGGAAUCUGAGGCUAAACCUGGCCAACAGUCGACUGAACCUGCAGAAGUUGCUGGAUCUUCUGGAGGGGCUCCCGUGUGACAGAAUCGAUGAGUUGAAUGCAUCUCACAACGACUUGGGAGAUCAUGCGUCCAAGGCGCUUCUGCGACAGCUGCCUGAGCUACGGACGCUGCGUCUCAGCAGUGCAGGCUUGAGCGCCGAAGGUGUCAAAGCCACCAUUGAAGCUCUCACCGAUCGUUGGUUGUCUUUGCCAGCUGCGAAAGACAAUGGCGAGGUGGACCCCUCUCGGGUUAGUGCCGCUAGCGCCUCCAGUGGAAGUGCGUAUGCUCAGCAGUCAAGCUCUCCUUCAAAGACCCCAGUGCCAGCAUGGCCGCCGCAAGCGACCGGAACCAACGGGGCUCUUCGUUCGUCUCGCGGUCUACAGGUGUUGGAGCUCGCAGCGAGCUCCGUGGAUGCUGCCGUGCCGGAGCUGGGACUUUACCUGGCCAGUCAGUGUUGCACCCUCACCGAGCUGGAUCUGUCCUGGAAUACCCUCGGUCCGAAUGCGGUGCAUCAGCUCAGCUGGCACUUGCGCCAGAACGUCACUUUGCGAACGCUGCGGUUAGCGCAUUGUCACCUGAAAGAGGCUGCCGGCGUGCUGUGUGCAUGCUUGGCCACCACUGGAAGCCACUUGCCGCUUCAGAGGCUGGACCUGGCUCGGAACGCAAUGCCAACUGCAGCAUUCGAGGAGCUGGCGAUUUUCUUGGGCAGCGUCGUGGGUCGGCAAAUCAUGGACCUGGACAUCUCAGGGAAUAGCGCAGUCUCGGACGAGGCCUGCAGUCGAGCUUUGGGCUCUGCUUUGCAGCCGCCGGACAACCUGGAGUCUGAGCUGAGCUGCUCCGAUUCCGGAGGCGCUUGCUCAGAGAUGAACCUGAAGUUGGGAGGCACGAAGCCUUUCUUCGAUCCAGCCUAUGGCCGAUGGGAUGCAGGACCGCAAAUUCUCACGGUGCUGCGGUCGCCACACUGCCGUGUCCUGGACGUGUCCCUGGAUGGCUGUGCUUUCGGCGAAGCGGCGGUGCCCAGCUUAGCAAGGAUUUGCCUGAAUGUGCGAAGAUUCUCCUUGUGUCAAUGCGGAGGAGGGGAAGGAUCGCUGGGCCAGAGCUUCGCCGUGCACCUGGAGGACCUUGCGCGCGGCCUCGGGCGACGAAGGAGAGGUUCCGGGACAGCAUCGGCCGAAUCUUCACCAGCGCAGGUCUCACGGUCCACCCGGGAGAGGCAGCGGCCUUUGCGCCUACUACUCCGAGAGCUUCGGCUGCGUGACUUGGCAUUGCGCGACAGCAGCGUCCAGCUACUUGUCAACGCCAUGUCCUGGCUGCGUGUGGCUCGGCGCGAUAUGGACGACUUGGAGGUCCUGGAGCUAGAUGGGAACCACCUGACCCAAAGCGUGGUGCAGAGUCUGACACCGCUACUCACCGAGCUGCGGACGCUGCAGCGUUUGUCCUUGUCACGCAACAAGCUGCGGCAUCUGGGUGGGGUUGCGUUGGCAGAGCUCCUGAUGUCACGCCCGCCUGAGGCUGCAGCCCUGGACCUUCAGCUGAGACGCUGUGCGCUGAACACCGAAGGGGCCCUCCACGUGUGGCAUGCGGCGCUCUCCGAAGAAGCGAACGUCCGGUCGCUCGAUCUCGCAGAAAAUGUCCUCGACGCUGCGGCUUUGGAGGCCAUGCUGAAGAUGUCGCCCAAGGGUCGACUCGGCCCGUACCCUGAAGAGCUGAUCUUGCUGCCUAGCGCUUGCGGUGCCCGACCAGUGGCACAGCUCGUGCAGCAGAUUGCGCCAUGGAAGUCCAUUUGCCUCCGCAGUGCUACAGUCGAGGCGGGCGAGGUCGCGCAGCUCAUGAACUGCUUCGGCGAUUCGUCGGCUUCGGGUCAUGCAGGCAGACCACCGACGGCUCAACUGUCGGAGAAUGGCAUGGAGUUCUCUUUGUCGCUAACUGGAGCAUCCCUGGGCUUGCAGCCACAGCAGUGGAGCCUCGUUGCCGAUGCGGUGGCCUUCACAAUAUCCCCGCCGAUGCAAGUGCCCGACUCGGCCAACGUCCAGAGGCCUCUGCGCUCUACCGGACCUGGCUUCCGGCGCCUGGGGGGUUGUGGCGGCUCGCUGCGGAUAGAGCUUAACGACUGCGACCUGAGCCUCGCAUGCUUCAAGGCACCGCGUGCGGUCGAUCCUCCAGACCCAGCGUCUCCUGAAAUGAGCUCCAUCGCCCGGAGCGCGCGCAGAGAGGUCCCCGCAAAGGUCGGCAGGGGUGAACGGACGCCGGUCAAGUCCUUGGCAGUCAGGGCACGCUCGGCCACGCGGCUUUGUGAGGGGACGACGAAAAGCCCCUCUGCGUCUUCGUCAAGCACACCCUUUCGCACGCAAGAAGCCGACGCUAGGCGGGCAGAGGGGGCGGCCUCGACACCAUCACGGAGGAUGAUCGCGAAUAUCCCCAAUGCUGCCAAGCAGGCAGCCUCCCCAAGCGCCAAGGCAGCAGGCCGCUCCGACAGUCCAGGUGGUGGCCGCAGCAGCAGAGCUGGAAGGCCUCCAGCCCCCGCGCAACGCGUUUGCCGAGAGGAAAACUUUGGCCUGAUCUUCGACAGACAGCACCAUGUCGAGCUCGAGGUAAGCACCGUCUUGCGAGAGCUGCGCAACAUUCAGGGGCUUCGGCUCGUGCAGUGCAACCUCACGGACCGCUGGCUUGCUCAGCUGGGGCAUAGUGGAACAAGCGCCAAGUGGAGUGCUGUUCGCCUUCUGGAUUUGAGGUGCAAUGAGCUCACCGCGCUGAGUGCUCCUGCGAUUGCCAGUGUCAUCGCUGGGGGGCUGCAGGCCUUGCUUCUGGACGGCAACCGGCUGCAGAUAGAAGGCUUCCAGGUAUUGUGCAAUGCGAUGAAGACUGCGGGGCAGAAGUGCGCCUUGAGGUGGUUUUCCGUGGCCCACAACGACUUGGGCCACCCAUCAGGCUCUCUUUUAGCUGAUUUGUUUGGAUCAGCUGGCAGCUACUCUUUACAGGAGCUCAGCCUUGCAUGGAAUCCCAAGAUUAGCGGUGGUGAGAUCUCCAACCUACUUCGUGCACUGGCUCGUGUUGGGCCGAAGGUGGGUCGCUUGCAGUUGCUCGAUGUGGCUGGAACCGGUGCUGGUCCGCAGGUGCUUCCGGCAGCCAUGCGAGCGCUGAUGCGCGUCGAAGGACUGGUCGUCGACCUCUCUGGUUGCAAAGCUCUCCAGUCCUUCCGCGACUUUUCAGUUUCAGGCAGUGCUGAGGCUUUGGAGAUUGACCGCUGCGUAGCAGAGCGUCGACUUCUGCUCCCAGCAGGAUCUGUACGAAACUGA